AUGUCAUCUUUACAGACGUCGUUUCCUUGGGGGUUUAAGAAAGCUGUAAUUUCGAAACCAACUAAGAAUAAGAGGAAAAUCCAGGAAGAUAUAGAUACUUUGGGAGAUGCGAAAUCCAGAACCAAAUUUCAUCCCAACAAUAGUAACAGCACAAGUAGAAAACACAGAACACAUGCCAUCAUGGGGACAAAAUUGCCGCUCAAUACUUUAAUAGAGACGCUGGACCAUGAAUCAUUACAGAAACUGGUAAAAAGUCUAGUAGAACAACGUCCCGAUGUGCAAGAGGCAUUGUAUAAUGCAGCACCCACAGUUACCGUACAGGUUUGCAUCGAUAAGUUAACAGAUAAGGUGGAAAACAUCAAGUGUAAUUUGCCUUAUAAGGUUGACACUGAAUGUGAUUAUACAUACCUCAGGGUAAAGGCUCUGGUGCAUGAGUUUUUUCAAGCAUUGUCAGACUACAUGUUGAACUUUCUUCCUCCUCAAGAAUAUGAUGUUUCAAAAUCAAUUGAAUUUUUGAAUGGAUUCUUGCUCAAGGUGUUACUCAAGAUGCCCAUGUUUAGUCACAUGGAGUUCAAGUACUACUAUAAGUUGACCUUAGACAAACUAAACACAGUCUAUGUUAACCUGAUAGCAGAUUUUAUACAACAGAAACCCACAAACAUUUUAUUAUUGAAAGACUCUGACUUGGCAGAGAAGCUACUAGAAAUUAACAAACAUUAUGAAGAUUACUUUGAACAAGUUUCCCAACUGUUGUCUCAAGACGAAGGUUCCGAUAUCCCAGAAAGGUUGCAAGGUUUAUCAAACCUACUUAAUUUCUCAUCUGAGAACAAUCCGCUGAAUGGAGGUGUAGUCAGCAGUGUAAAAGGCAGUUGGUAG